AUGGCCCCGCAGCCCACGCUGGCCUGGGUGCUGCUGCUGCUUGCCCUGCUGGCCAGCUGCCUGCCAGGUGGGUGGCCCAGGGACUUCACCAUCAAGGACAUCGUCUACCUCCACCCUUCCACCACCCCGUAUCCCCACGGAUUUAAGUGCUUCACCUGCGAGCGGGCAGCGGAUAAUUACGAAUGCAACCGCUGGGCUCCUGAUGUCUAUUGUCCAACAGGUACAAGAUACUGCUUCAGCCAGCACAUGAUGAAGGUGACUGGAGAGAGUGUAUCUGUCACCAAACGCUGUGUCCCACUGGAGGACUGUCUGGCCACUGGUUGCACUUAUGUGAAGCAUGAAGAGUACAAGGUCUGCACCUCCUGCUGCGAGGGCAGCAUCUGCAACCUGCCCCUGCCCAGGAACACCAGCGACGCCGUCUUCACCACCCUCUCCCCCCCCAGCAAAGCCCAGCAGCUCUCCCGGCCCCUCCUGCUGACCACGGCCUGUCUCUUCUGCCUGGCCUUGAUGUCACAGCCCUGGGUCACCCCAGGGUCUCACGGCUGA